AUGUUCAGUUCACAAUCACAAUCGAUCGAUUCUUUUCAACUUAUUAAGUUUCAUAUGAAAAUUUUUUAUUUAAAUUGGAUAACGUAUUUAUUUUUGUUAAUGGGUUCUGUUGUUACUGCUGGUACAAGUUGUUCAUGUGACUAUAGUGAAUUAUCAUCAAGUAUGUUUUGUAAAAAUAUUCAGAAUCUUAAUCAUUUACAACAAUGUAUAAAUGAUCAAUUAACAUUGAUUACUCAUACUGAACAUCGUCGUGGAUAUUUAAUGACAAAUUUAACAAUUAUUCAACAUCAUUUACAACUAAUCACUGAUAAAUGGUUUGAAUUUACAUAUAACAAUAAUCAAUAUAAAUUGUCAAGUUUAAGAUAUCUACAUGUUAAAAAUGGACAAUUAAAUCAAAUUGAGAAUGAUGCAUUUCAAAUAAUUGGAAGAAGUUUAGAUUUAUUAGAUUUAUCUUAUAAUGAUUUUAAACAAAUACCAUUAACAAAUCUUACAAUAUCAGCACAUACACCAUUGAGUAUAUUAAUAUUAUCACAUAACAAAAUUCAACGACUGGCUGUAAACGAUUUAAAAAAUUUUCCCAAUAUAAAUCGUUUAGAAUUACCCUAUAAUAAAUUAGAUUAUGUUGAUAUUAACGUUAUACGAAAUUUGUCAAAAUUAAAAGUAUUCUAUAUCAAUAAUAAUUCAUUACGUACACUAUCGCCAUCAUCGAUUGAUGAUAAUGAUAAUAAUUUUACAUUAACAGAUAAUUUUCGUUUAAAAAUUGGUGGAAAUCCAUUAGAAUGUGAUUGUCAUUUAAGAUGGUUAAGAACAAAUUUAAAUCGUUUAGAAUAUCCUGUUUACAGUGAUGAUCCUGUAUGUGAAAUACCAAAAGCAUUAAGUGGUAAAAAAAUUCAAACAUUACGUGAAGAACAAUUUGUAUGUGGACCAAUCAUAACAAAACCAAAUUUAACAUUACUUGUAGCCUCAUCUGGCGAAAUGGCAACGUUAAGAUGCGAUGUGUAUUCGGAUCCGGCACCUGAUGUUUGGUGGACAUACCAAAAUCGAGUAAUUGGUAAAAUAACAUCACCAGAAAAUAAAGAACAUCGUUGUGGUUCAUACAUUCUUAGAUGGCAAUGUAUUCGAAAUAAACUAGAUCAAUGUUUAAAUAAAACCACAACGUUAACAAUAACAAAUAUCGGUGUUGAACAUAAUGGUACAUACAAUUGUGUGGCAGCUAUUAAAAAUCAGGAACGUAGUGAUAAUGAUCAUUUAUCAUAUGAAUUACGUGUACAUCGCACAUCUAUCGUUAAUAAUACAUCAUUUUUAUUAUGGAUAAUUGUCUUACUAGCAUUUAUACUUGCAUUAAUUGUCUUAUUUAUUUGUAUUUGUGUAUUGGUACGUUGUCAUCGUUCAAAAAAACAACAAGCAGAAAGAAAUAAAACGUUAUUAUUUGAUAUGUCUGGACAGUCAAAUAGAAACGGUAACAUUGUUGGUAUGGAUGAAAUGGGUUUAAAUUAUAAAGAAAAAGAUGAUCAAAGUUUCAUAACAAAUAAUUCAUAUGAUCAUUAUGAUAUGAUAAAUAGUCAUACUCAUUUGGGUCCACCAAUGUAUAGUGAAUUACCAAUAGAAUCCACACCAUUGAGAAGUAUCGGCGGUGGAUCUAUAUCAUCGACGUUACCAUUACAUUACCAUGAUGGUUUAAGACAUUACCAUCAAGGACAACAAAAUGAACCUCACGAUAGACUUUAUGAUAGUUAUAGAUCUGAUAGACAAUUGUAUGAACAAGUUUUUCGACCGUCUCCAUUGGAGCCUAUAAUUGUCGAUGAAUUUGAAGAUGAAAUGAUAUUUCCUCGUGGAUAUGAAGAAGAUUACGAAUAUCGUGAAGAUAUCUGCAAACCAAAUCAAAAUCCCGAUCCAAGACGUCCAAGACAAACCAAUAGCAGUAAUAAUAAUAAUAAUAAUAAUCAUAGAACAUCAUCGACUAACCAAAAUACGAAUAUAACUGAUAGCGCAACAUCAUUAGGUGUUGUUAAUUCGGCGACAAUGUCCAAGAAUAAAUCAAUCUUAACACCACCAACAAUAACAACCAUACCAUCACAACAAAAAUCGAAUACAUCAACAAUUUUAUUAUCACAUCAACACCAGAGUGAUAUACAUCCAUCAAAUAGUUUUGAAAAUUAUAAAUUUGAUCGAUCAGAGUCACAAUAUGCUGGCUUAUCUGAAACACAAUUGUAG